GGGUUCUCCAGGCAGAUGUGUGGUGGGGAGGCACAGCUCCUGGGGACAGUGCAGGCAGUUUGUUUGCCUUUUGUUCAGCUGCAUGUGACUGGAGCUACCAUGUCUGUCAGCCAGGAAGACUUUGAAAAGGCAAGUGGUCAGCUGAAACUUUUGAAAACUGAUCCUGGGAAUGAAGUAAAAUUGAAGAUCUAUGCAUUGUUCAAACAGGCGACUGAGGGUCCCUGCAGUUCUGCAAAGCCAGGUAUGCUUGACUUUGUCAAGAAGGCCAAAUGGGAUGCAUGGAAUUCUCUCGGCAGUUUGUCUAAGGAAGAUGCCAGACAGAAAUAUGUUGAACUUGUGUCAAGCUUAGUCUCUGAGUCUUCUAGCCAAGUGAAAGAUACCACUGCUGAGCGCAAGGGUGGAUAUGAAACCAUAGAGCUUACCACUAAAGACAACAUCACUAAGAUAAUGCUAAACCGUCCUGAGAAGAAAAAUGCUAUCAAUGAACAGAUGUAUAAAGAAAUUAUGCAAGCUCUUGAAGAAGCUGCCAAGGACGACUCUGUCAUAACUGUUAUUACAGGAAGUGGGGAUUAUUACUGUAGUGGAAACGACCUGACUGGCUUUAUCAGUAUCAAACCCAGUGAAAUAGAGAAGAUGACAAAAUAUGGUGGAUCACUAUUAGAAGACUUUGUCAACCAUUUUAUUGAUUUUCCUAAACCACUGAUUGCAGUGGUGAAUGGUCCAGCUGUUGGAGUCUCUGCAACUAUCUUGGGGCUGUUCGACAUUGUAUAUGCUACUGACAGGGCCACAUUUCACACCCCAUUUUCUGAGCUUGGUCAGAGCCCAGAAGGAUGUUCCUCUUACCUAUUUCCAAAGAUGAUGGGCUUAGGCAAGGCAAAUGAGAUGCUGCUUUUCAACAGGAAGCUGACUGCCCAGGAAGCGUGUGCUCGGGGACUCGUGACUGAGGUUUUCCCUGAUCAAACUUUUCAGAAGGAAGUUUGGAGAAGGCUGAAAACUUUUGCAAGUUACCCCAAAAACUCAUUGGCGCUGUCCAAGCAGUUAAUACGAAAUACGGAAAAAGAGAAACUGCAUGCAGUUAACAGUCAAGAGUGUAAACUCCUCUGCGAAAGAUGGCAAUCUGAUGAAUUCAUGAAUGCUAUUGUGAGCUUCUUUCAGAAAAAAGCAAAACUCUGAUUUUCAACACAAAAAAAUGAAACUCCUCUGAAGCAAGUCUGGUAAUAGUCUUGAUGAAUCCUAGCAGUGCCUUUUUUGGUGUUACUGUAUUGAUUCAGAUAUAAACAAUUUAAUAAAACCGUAUUUUAGCAA